AUGUUGUUCAACUACCAGUCUUUGCUCGUCGGAGUCUCCUUGAUCUCCCAGGCUCUUUCUGCACCUGUUUUGGAGUCGAGGGCGGUUGCUGCCAGCGCUGCUUUCCCUGAUUUGCACCGCGCAGCAAAGCUUUCUUCUGCUGUCUACACCGGUUGCAUCGGAAAGGCCUUCGAUGUCACAAUUACCAAGAGGAUUUAUGACCUCCUGACUGACACCAAUGGCUUCGUUGGAUACUCCACUGAGAAGAAGAAGAUCUCGGUCAUCAUGAGGGGAUCGACUACUAUCGCCGACUUCAUCAAUGACAUUGACAUUGCUCUCAUCACUCCCGAGCUCUCGGGAGUGACCUUCCCUGCCGAUGUGAAGAUCAUGCGCGGUGUUCACAGACCCUGGUCCUCUGUACACGACACCAUCAUUGCUGAGGUCAAGUCGCUUGUUGAGAAGUACCCUGAUUACACUUUGGAGGCGGUUGGACAUUCCCUCGGUGGUGCCCUCACCUACAUUGCCCACGUUGCACUGGCCCAGAACUUCCCGGGCAAGGAGCUCACUAGUAAUGCACUCAAUGCCUUCCCCAUCGGCAACGAAGCGUGGGCCACCUUUGCUACUUCGCAGCCCGGUACCCUGAACCGUGGAAACAACGUUCUCGACGGUGUUCCCAACAUGUACUCAAGCGCGCUCGUCAACUUCAAGCAUUACGGAACCGAAUACUACAGCUCUGGCACCGCGGCUAGCACCGUGAAGUGCGACGGUCAGCGCGACAAGUCCUGCUCUGCUGGCAAUGGAAUGUACGCUGUCACUGUCGGUCACUUCGCAAGCUUCGGCGUUGUCAUGCUUACUGCUGGCUGUGGCUACCUGAGCUAA